UCGCUGUCCCUUCCUGGUCGACGGCCCUUUCAGGUGCUAAAACGUUCACGACCGGACACUUUCUGAACGACCUGCCGGAGCUUGCCCGUAUAGAUAUCGAACUCGCAUCCCCGCAUUGUUUGCGCCAUACCCUGCCGCUCUAAGGCUGCGCCCAGGACCAUUCGAUAUCACUUGAAGGGCUUGCUGAAUGCCAUUGGUGCCAAUGCAGCUAGCAAGUCGGUGCUGCCCAGCAAGCGUCCCACAGAUCUAUCUGGUCCACCGACCCUGUGCUGAUCGUCCCAAAAACCAUAAUCUGCACUUUGUGCUCAUGGGCCGGAGACAGCGCUUCCAGCUUCGGGCAGAUCUAGGAUCCGUUGAGCAGUGGGUGCCACGCUCUGCGCUCGCAACGCCAGCGUUCUGCUCCCAUGAGUUGCACGAUUACUGUAUGUACGCGUGUGGGAAACCAAGAUCAAGGCCUCGAAGCCUUGGGGUGUGAUAUCAAAACCAAUGAAAGACGGGCGGUAGAUGUCCGACAAUGGUGCGCAAUAAGGACGCCUCGCUGAGCUGUGAUC